CAGAGGAUUGUACUAGAAAUACGAUGGCCGCCGCCUUACGUUAGUGCUGAAAACACACAGUAGGGGAGUGAAUGUGUGCGAAAAUGGCUACAAUUAUGCUUGCGCUCUGUGUGAUAUCUAUUGCUUUUUUAAGAUCUUGCUUGUCAGAUGAUGGCCAUGAGAUGGAGGAGUUUCUAAAGAGAGAAUAUUCGUUGUCGAAACCAUAUCAAGGAAUCGGUUCUUCCGGCUCUUCCCACUGGGAGCUGAUGGGUGAUGCCAUGGUAACCACUGAUCAGGUGCGCCUCACUCCAGAUAUGCAGAGCAAGCAGGGGGCAGUGUGGAGCCGCAUUCCGUGUCACUUGAAAGACUGGGAACUGCAGGUGCACUUUAAAAUCCAUGGUCAUGGGAAGAAGAACCUGAACGGAGACGGUCUGGCAGUGUGGUACACAAAAGAACGCAUACAGAAAGGUCCGGUGUUUGGAAAUAAAGAUUUCUUCACAGGGUUAGGUGUGUUUGUAGAUACUUACCCUAAUGAGGAAAAACAUAUAGAGGCCCAGAAGAAACGGUACACCCCUCGCACACAGAGGAUCUUCCCGUACAUAUUAGCGAUGGUGGGGAACGGCACCAUCGGAUACGAUCAUGAGCGUGACGGCAGACCCACUGAGCUGGGUGGCUGUAACGCCAUGGUGCGCAACCUCAAACACGACACCUUCCUCUUCAUUAGAUACGUCCGCCGCAGACUUACGGUUAUGAUUGACAUCGAUGGUCAGCAUGAAUGGAGGGACUGUCUAGACAUCCCGGGUGUGCGACUUCCUCAGGGCUACUACUUCGGUGCUACGGCCAUCACCGGAGACCUCUCGGACAACCACGAUCUCAUCUCUCUGAAGCUCUACCAGCUGACGGUACUCCGGAGUAAGCUAGACGAAGACGACGAGGAAGAGGUCACUGUUCCAAGCGUGGACAAUAUGGAGCUAAUAAGGAACUACCAGGAAGGGGAAGCAAUCAGCAGCAUUGGCAUCUUCUUCACCGUGCUCUUCUCCAUGCUGGGCCUCUUUCUUCUCAUCGUCGUCGGCCUUGUGGUUUACAGCCACUGGAACGAGAGUCGACGCAAACGUUUCUACUGAGCUCUCCGCAGGCUGAAACUGUGACUAGAACAUGCAAAUUGGGCUCAACGGGUUCACUGGCACCAAAACACUGGCAGCAUCAGUGUGCACCAAGCGAAGGGGUUUGAUUCUGUACACAGGAAAGGCAGGACGAAAGACUCGAGCUUGAGAAAGACAUUUUAAACGGGUUUUAAACAGGAAGGGUGCAGCAACGUAGGGAACAGGAUUCAACCCCCUACCAGCAGGGCCUUAUCCGUUCGAACGGGUUUGGGAUAAAUGCUUUUUAAAUAGCGUGUAAAUAGAAAACUGCCUUUGACUGUCUUUCACUACAAGUCUCCACUUCCAGUAUUUAUGAAACUGUUAUUCUGUUGAUGUUUUGCAUUAUAUGUCAUGCUAAAAGGGAAUAUACUUACAUUUACUACAUUUGGCAGACGCCUUUUAUCCAGAGCGACAUGCAAAAUGCUUUGAAGUCUAUAUCAAUAAAUACAUUAACACUACUUCACUAGGGUACAGACUUAGGAUACCAUCAACCUAAUCGACUCAGCUGUUCAGACAUCUAGGGGAAGUUCUUUCCACUAUUUUGGUACUAGAACAGAAAAGAGUCUUGCUGUAUGGUGGGACCGGUCGAGCAGUGCUGGUAGAAUAUGAUACCGCCGACAGGAAUUUGCCGUGUUAGCCGAUAUUAAUUUAAUUCAUAUGUUGUGACCAUGAUGCUGGAAUUUUAGUAAACAAAUACCGUGUAAUUUGACCACCAGGGAGUGCUAUGACAUUCAAAUACCUGUUAAUCAGAAAUAGGUUGGUUGGUUGGUUGUUUUUUUAUUCCCCCAGCAGUGGUUUUAUAUCAUUCUUUAUCCAGUUCUCACAAAUACUGACAGGUGGAUAACCCCCUAAGCUCAAGUAUUAAAGUCCACCUAAAUGUUUGCAUCUGACAAAACUUUGCAUCAUGAAAAGAUUUUUUGUCGUGAUAUAUAGAUCAUCUCUGUGAACUUGCACCAAAUACUAAAUAAAAUUCAGACUGAGGAGAAAUAGAAUGAUUAAUGUUGAGUUUGCACUAUGAAAACCUCACACUAAGAAACCUGUCAUUAAUUUUUUUCUAACAAUAUUUUACUUAAAACAUUUAGUUGCAUGUUUAGCUGCCUAAAUUAUUUCCUUGAGAGAGAAAGCCAAAGAAAAAUAAACCAAUUUGACUUAAUAUCAGACAUUUUUUUUUCUACAGACUAAAACCAUCUAGUUUUACCAACAGGCUGCAUUUCUGCUUAAAAUUGUACUCAGAAAUUGGAAGAUGUCUCCAGAGUCAGCACAUAAAACACUUCCAUGCGAAAAUAAUCGCCUUUGAUUGACUAUGUUUUAGUCAGCAUGUAGAUUCGAGGACAUAAAUGUGCCAUUAUGAUUACACUACAGAAUUUGUCCCCUAGGGGUUGCUAAAAGCUAAAAAAAAAAAAAAGUAUUUAUGCCUAUGGCAUUUGUUCAGUAUUAUUACAGCUUAAAAUAAGUCAGUCGUCAAUACAGGUUGCAAAAUAAUCUGCAAAUCGAUUGUGCUUGUUCGUGCUGUCUUUCCUCUAGUGCUGUUGUACAUAACAUGAGUUGUCUGCUUGUCAUCAUGCCAGGGGCAAAAAGGUCACUUGUGUCAUUGAGGCGUCGUUACUGAAUGUGACUCGAGAUCAUUUCAGUGUUUGUGCCAAGAGCUGUUGAGUUCCUGAGAGGACAUUCGACAGAAACACAAUAUCUCAAACAACUAUACAACUAAACUACACACACACACACACUUCCUUACUACAGAACAUCCUUUCCAGAACGUUCUUGUUCAAAAAUUCUUCAGAAAUGACAGAAGUGCUUUAAAUGUUCAGACUUGCUGGAAGAUCAUCAUAUCCUGGUUUGCAAUACUGCUAAUUAUAUCAUGUUAUAUACGAUCGAGGCAGGCUUGACAUUUUCAGCAAAUAAACACGUCAGUGAGGCAGUCGUGUGCGAUAUUUAUUUUA